GCAGCCAGGCCAGGCUCGAGCUUAAGACUUACCAUGUCGGCCAGGCAGUGAUAGACCCUGGCUAUGUCCAGGUAGGCUUGAAAUGGUUUUGAGAUUCAAAGAGUCUGUGGGACUCGACCAAGUCGACUUGGACUCGGUUGGAACCGGUCCGGUUCGACACCACGAGUUACAGCCCACUUACACCUCUGCUCCGCAACGAAAAGACUCUACAGCGCCGAACUAGAAAACCAAGAGAGAGAAUGUGGAGACGGCGAGUACUGUUGCUGCUGAAGCCCUUCGACGUGUACCCGCCCAGGAGUACGGGCACCGUCUCAUCUCCUCUCCCUGGCGUCAAAAACCCUCAGAUUUUAGGUUAUUUGGAUGAUAGAUGCAGAGUUCAUAAGGAGACAAUAAACUACUGUCAGGAUGUCUUACAGCGCAAAUCACUUGAUUUGGAGCCUGUCUUCCGUAAUGAUCUUUCUCAACCAAUACGCCAUGUGGAUCUGGUCAUUACGGUUGGUGGCGAUGGCACACUUUUGCAGGCCAGUCACUUCAUGGAUGACUCUAUUCCCAUUGUAGGGGUGAACUCAGACCCCACCCAAGUCGAAGAGGUGAAAGAAUUCAGUAAUGAGUUUGAUGCUACAAGGAGCACUGGUUAUCUUUGCGCUGCAACGGCAGCAAACUUCGAACAAGUACUAGAUGAAAUCCUUGAGGGUUAUAAAGCUCCUUCCGAACUCUCCAGGAUAUCAAUAUGCUUAAACGAUCAUCCGUUGUCAACCUAUGCUCUGAACGACAUUCUAGUUGCACACCCAUGCCCGGCCACAGUAUCUCGCUUCUCAUUUCUGAUCACAGGGCACGGUCAGAAGAGCUCUUCUUUAGUGAACAGUAGAUCAAGUGGUCUCAGAGUCUCCACUGCCGCUGGAUCAACUGCUGCAAUGCUUUCAGCAGGAGGAUUUCCAAUGCCUGUUUCAUCCAAAGAUCUCCAGUAUAUGGUAAGAGAGCCCAUUUUGCCCAGGGCUGACGAGGUGCCUUUAAUGCAUGGAAUUAUCAGAGCUGAUCAAACCAUGGAUGCCACAUGGUUCAGUAAAGAAGGCGUUUUAUACAUUGACGGUUCUCAUGUAUUUCAUUCACUCCGGCAUGGAGACACCAUUGAAAUAUCAUCGAAGGCCCCUAUCUUGAAAGUUUUCUUGCCCCCUCACCUGCUAUCAUAGCUCAUACACGAUAAAAGAUGGUACUCGAUCCUCA